AUGUGUUACAUACGAAAGAGAACGUACACGGUAGAUAUUUAUUUCUGGUUUGCGUUCGACCAAAAGCAGAAAAAAUGCAUCGAUUUUGUCUACGGCGGAUGUGGUGGCAACCAAAACAACUUCGAGACCAUUGCAGAAUGUCAGGAGAACUGUGAAGAUUCGAACGUUUGCUAUUUGGAUAUUGUUGUAGGACCAUGUAGAGCAAGAAUUCCUAGGUAUGCGUUUGAUGUUAAGCAGAAGAAAUGCAUCAAAUUCUUCUAUGGCGGAUGUCGUGGUAACGGAAACAACUUUGAAACUCUGGAAGAUUGUGAGAAAAGAUGUCCCAGCAAAUCUUGCGAACAGAAAUACUGA